AACAGAACAGCUGAUUAAAUCCCCGGAAACAAGGGCAGGAAAAAACACAGAGUGGAGCGCAACACCUGCGCGGCGGACACGCCCGGAGCGCCGCCGCGCGAGAUGGCCCCCUACGACGAAGCCGCCUCCUCUUCGGCGGCGGCGACCAGCGCCUCCUCGUCCGCGGAAACCGCGGGCGACCCGGCCUCCCCCUUGCAGUCGUCGUCCAGGCGCGCGGCUCCCUCGCUGCUCCUCCUCGCCUCCCUCGCCGCGCUCAUCAUCCUCUCCUCGGGCGACGACAGCACGGCAAACCGACUCAAAGAUGUUAGUCUGGAAAAUCCAGAGGUUUCCUUUGUUCCCUCGCCUGUUGGUGGACAAUUUUGUGAGCGAGUCCGUCUCUCUGGAGUGCCAAGGUUACAUCUUGAAAGCUAUGCAAGUCAAAUACGUGUCAAAAUGAAUGUCUCUCAAUCAAUUCCUGAGAAGUUCCAUUGGAAAAUAGAGGUUUGCUUUCAUCGGAACGCCUCUAUGGGUUUAUGCCAAUGUGAGGCGGGUGAAUGGCAAGGUUUUCAAGAUGGCUUAUGGACUGCAGUAAAUUCUCCAUAUGGAAACAAAUAUGUUGAUGUGAAAUUGGCUGAUAAGAAAUCAGCUAGGUUCACUCUUUCCAUUCAGGAAGAAUUUCAGAAAUGGCGUUUGGCUUGCCUUGGUAUUGGAUUUCUAUUGCUAUUCCUGUCUCCUACUGUUAGCAAAUGGGCACCCUUUUACUAUAGCAGCUCUAUGGCUCUCGGCAUCCUACUUGUUGUUCUUAUUGUCUUUUUUCAGGGGAUGAAAUUGCUACCAAUGGGGAAGAAAAGAUUGUUUUACUUCACAAUUUAUGCAUCUGUGAUAGGUGUUGGUUCCUAUGUUUUUCACUACUUCUCAACAUUGGUCUCUUCUAUUCUGGAAAACUUCGGCUUGAGUGAAGAGAUGUACAACCCUGUUUCACUCUUCCUGAUGGUAACAAUUGUCUUGACUGGAGCUGGUUUUGGUUAUUGGAUGGUCAGGAGAUUUAUCCUUUCAAAAGAUGGAAGUGUGGAUUCUGGGAUAGCACAAUUUGUUAAGUGGGCUAUGCGUGUUGUUGCUACAUUCUUUGUUAUGCAGAGCACACUUGAUCCUCGUCUAGCAAUGGUUGCUCUUGCUUCUUGCUGGUCGGUUUGUGCUUUGUUGACAGGAAAGAAAGUUCAAAGGCCAACAACAGAGAAGCAAAAGCCGUCAAAGUUUUCUUCUCAGCUAAUGCUUACUCAAGGAUCACCAAGUAGUCCUCAGGUCCAGUUCUUAACUCCAUCAUCUAAGGUAGGUUUUGGAAGAACCGCAUCUAGAAGUUCAGCCACACAGUACGGUUGGAGCAAUUUGGCCAAUGGAGGUCUGGUCUCCUCCCCACUAAGGAAACAGGUAGUACCCAAGCAAGAUGGAGACGAAGACUACUACUCCACCUUCCACAAGAUCGAACCGCGAAAAUAUUCUGAGCAAGAAUGGGAGGACUUCACCCAGGAAUCGACCAGGAAAGCGCUGGCAGAAUGCACAGCAACCCCAGAGUUUGCCCAGUGGGUUGUGGACAACGCCCACCGGCUGCGAGUAGAGAAAGAUGACGACCACUCCGAGGAGGAGACAAUUGAGAGCUCCUCAAGCUCCUCGGAGGAAACCGGGGAGGAAGCCGAUGGAGCUCCUGGUCUGUUGAGAUUGUGGAGCUCGAAUCCGGCGAAAAAGACUGGUUCUGUGUGGUCGGCGUCGCCGGCGAUCUUGAUGGCAUUGGAGUCCGGGAGCAGCGGCCGCUGCGGGAGUGGAUGGGGUGGUGGGUUCAGGUGCCUGAUGCGCCGGAAGCAGGUGGACUCCCAUCGGGUCCGCGCCGAGGGCCAGCAGCAGCUCGCCAAGGAGCUCAACGUCCCGGAGCUCGUCGCGAUCGGAGUCGGUUCCACAGUUGGAGCUGGAGUAUAUGUUCUUGUGGGAACAGUUGCUAGGGAGCACGCUGGUCCAGCAUUGACAAUUUCCUUUCUGAUAGCUGGAAUAGCAGCAGCGCUUUCAGCUUUCUGUUAUGCCGAGCUUGCUAGCCGUUGCCCCUCUGCUGGAAGUGCCUACCAUUACUCGUACAUCUGUGUUGGAGAAGGUGUUGCCUGGUUGAUUGGAUGGGCUUUAGUGCUGGAAUAUACUAUUGGUGGAUCUGCUGUUGCCCGUGGCAUAUCCCCUAAUUUAGCCUUGUUUUUUGGAGGACCGGAUAGUUUGCCAUGGAUUUUGGCACGCCAUCAGCUUCCAUGGUUUAAUAUCAUUAUUGAUCCCUGUGCUGCUGCUCUUGUUUUUAUUGUGACUGUUUUACUGUGCGUGGGAAUUAAAGAGAGUUCAUUUGCACAAGGAGUUGUAACAGUUCUGAAUGCUUGUGUAAUGAUAUUUGUUAUUAUAGCUGGUAGUUACAUUGGCUUCCAAAUAGGAUGGGUCGGCUACAAGGUUUCUGAUGGGUAUUUCCCGUAUGGAGUAAAUGGAAUACUUGCUGGAUCAGCAACUGUUUUCUUUGCAUACAUAGGCUUUGAUACAGUCGCUAGUACAGCUGAAGAGGUAAAGAAUCCACAGAGAGAUCUGCCAUUGGGAAUAGGAGUAGCCUUGGCUAUUUGUUGUGCAUUGUAUAUGGCUGUAUCCGUUGUUAUUGUUGGGCUAGUACCAUAUUUUGCUAUGGACCCUGAUACUCCUAUUUCAUCUGCCUUUGCAAAACAUGGGAUGCAAUGGGCCAUGUAUGUUGUGACAAGUGGUGCUAUUCUUGCACUUUGUUCAACCUUGAUGGGCUCACUUCUUCCACAGCCUAGAAUACUUAUGGCCAUGGCGCGAGAUGGACUGUUGCCAUCCUUCUUCUCUGAUGUUAACAAGCAAACACAAGUACCUGUUAAGAGCACAAUUGUGACUGGCAUCUGUGCAGCUGCUCUGGCGUUUGCAAUGGAUGUUUCACAGUUGGCAGGAAUGGUCAGUGUAGGCACACUCCUUGCAUUCACCAUAGUUGCUGUCUCGAUCUUGAUACUCAGAUAUGUCCCUCCAGAUGAGGUCCCUUUGCCACCCUCUAUGCGAGAAUCAUUCCGUUUGAACCAGGAGUGUGAUGCAGAAAAGGAUAGGGAUCUUCUUGGAGAUGGGAAUUGCAACAUAUCUCAAACAAAGGAUGUGAUUGUUGUUGUCGAAUCAAUGAAGGACCCUCUCAUUGAGAAAAGGCAACAUAGAGGCAAGAUGGACGAGACAAAACGUCGAAAGAUAGCCGCUUUCAGCAUAGGAUCUGUGUGUGUUGGGGUUCUGAUCCUCACGUCUUCUGCCUCUGUGACAUGGCUGCCUUUUCUCCCAAUAUGUAUUGGCUGCAUUAUUGGCAUUGUGCUUCUUCUGACUGGCCUUGGCGCUCUCUCCUGGAUUGAGCAGGAUGAUGGCAGGCACUCUUUUGGUCACUCUGGAGGAUUCACAUGCCCAUUUGUUCCAGUGCUACCAGUUAUGUGUAUCCUGAUAAAUACUUAUCUGUUGAUAAACCUGGGCGUUGACACAUGGAUGAGAGUUGGCAUAUGGCUGCUGAUGGGUGUUCUCGUGUACAUUUUCUAUGGGCGAACCCACAGCUCCCUAACAGAUGUUGUCUACGUUCCGGUAGCGCAAGCUGAUGAGAUAUACAGGAGUUCAUCAGGAUACGUAUCAUAGAAAAGAAAAGCUGCAGUCUCAUGUGGCAUGAUAGAGUUGUUGAAAAAUCAACAGAUGGUAUAGUUGAUGAAAGUUCAACGAUCCUCAGUUGCAGUUUAUUGGUUAUCUGCCAGGAAGACAGGAAUGGACUGUUCCUUCUUUCACACUCGGCCAACAUGAUCUCAUGGAUGCAAGAUAUAUGCUGUGUGAGGCAGAUCAAUUUACACAUUCUUGGAGUGUGCAUUGAUGUGGUGUAUAUAAACCCAAUUGGGUGGAGUCUGUGAUAUAUGAUGUGGUAUAAUUGAUGUACAAGCCCUUUGUGCCGAAAUGGGUGGACACUGGAAACAAUUGUUGAAAUAUUACACAAAUUGAAAAGCAGCCACUUUCUUUUAUG